AUGCUUUGCGAUUACGAGUCAUCAGUGCAUUCUUCGGAUGAUGGAACUAUAGACGAUCAACAACAAAGCAGCAAAAGAGCGUCAAUGACCAAGUGUAAUACAGCUCCUAUGCCGUUCGGACGUCCGAUGUUCAGUUCAGAUUACUGGUGUCUGAAUUCCAUCCUGCCGAGGCCUAAUGGUGUCAUAAAGAUCAUUGAAUUUGGUAGUAAAUCAAUUGGCUCAGAUGCGUGA